AAGAAUUCAGGAGAACAAGCUCUUAAAAAAUAAAAUUUAAAAAAAGCCUGUGUUGGCAGAAUCAAGUCACAGCUAAACAGACGGGCUUACAAAGCAGCUGCGAUGUCUUCAGACUACAAACAUCCUUGGUUCCAGAAUAAGCCUGACUCUUUUCCCGAGAAUCCCGUAAACACACAAGUAAAAGUUAAAGUUCCUGGGGGCGAAGUGCCUAAAUGGCUGGAAGGAUCGCUGUAUCGCAAUGGUCCCGGGGUAUUUGCCCUGGGUGAGUCUCGCACCAAACAUCUGUUCGACGGUUUCUCGGUGCUUCACCGUUUUACAAUCAGCAAUGGCAAGGUGACAUACUUUCCCCGCAUCCUUGACACGGACACCUGGCAACAGUGUCAAGCCAACCGGCUAGUGACAUCGCAGUUCGGGACCUACGCUUAUCCUGAUCCGUGCAAGAGUUUGUUUCAGCGAGUGAUGUCGUUCUUCAAGCCCAGACAGUCGGACCUGACCGACAACACGUCUGUCAACAUCGUGGAGUUCGGCGACCGGCUGUACGCCAUGACGGAGACGCCCCUGAUGCUGCAGGUCGACCCGGAAACUCUCCAGAAAAAGGGUACACGGGAAACACUUCCAGGUGUCAUUGCUGUCCAUUUGGGCACGGCGCACCCUCACUUUGACAGCGAAGGCAACAUGUUUUACUUGGGAACUGCCUUCAAUCCCCCCAACAAUUACAACAUCAUCAAGAUCGCACCACCUCCGAAAGGAUCAGACUGCAUAUUGAACUUCUACUCAAAAUCAGCAGCAAAGGUCGGAGAGAACCUCGUAGACCCUGACUACAGUAGGGCCCAGGCCAAACUUCAACCAGACGGAUCCGUGUUUCUCAAACCAGACUUCAUAUUAGAUGGGAACAACAAAGUGGUGAUGGAGCUACCGCGUAUCAACUAUGACAAAUUCAACGGUCGCAAGUAUCGUUACGUGUAUGGGACCGGAAUAUUUGGCAGCAAUAUGCAGUUGACGAAACUGGAUUUAGACAAGAGAGAAGUUGUCACCUGGAAGGAGGAUGGGUGGAUGCCAGGUGAACCAGUUUUCGUCCCAGAGCCCGGUGCAGCGGAGGAGGAUAAAGGCGUGGUUUUGUGCCCUGUUCUCAGUAAGACCGGGAAGGACCCUUGCUUCCUUCUCAUUCUGGACGGACAGACUUUCCAGGAGAUUGCUCGCGCCGAAACUCCGGCUGACCUAAAAAUGCCCUUGACAUUCCAUGGAAACUACGUGCCAAAGGCCAACAACGCUUAUCUGUCGUAUGAUGUGAUGGAGAGCGAGAACCUGACACCAGCUGCUGGCGAAGUGCAAUCAGACCGUUGUCAAGAUUCCGCGUGGCUUUUAUUCCAGGCAGACUUAGAAACACGAACACCGGUAGAUACACACAUUACAGGUGCUGUUCCAGAAUGGUUGACAGGUGUCUUAUAUCGCAAUGGCUGUGGUCUCUUCGAGGAGGGCGAGGAUGGGAGCAGCCAUCUUUUUCAGGGUUAUGCAGUUGUGCAUCGCUUCAGCAUCCAGCAGGGUGGAGUGAAGUACACCUCACGUGUUCUAGACCGAAAGGCGUGGAUGAGAGCUGUGAAAGCCCGACGAACAGCUGUAGGAGAGAAUGGGGAAACAGGAGACUAUCCUGAUCCCUGCAUGACAGCAUUUGCAGGGACAGCAACCUAUUUCAAAGACAAAGAAGAGCCUAUACAAACCGAAGAAAGUUCAUCAGAUGUUGAUGACAAGACAGGUGUGAAUAUCAUACGCCAUGGGGACAAGCUGAUCGCCCUCACUGAAUCAUGUGUCUUACAGGAGAUCGAUCCGGACACCUUAUCACGCAAGUCCAAUUUUGAUCUGAGAAAAGUUUUCUCGGUUCACAUGGCUACAGCUCAUCCUCAGAUUGGGAGAGACGGUAUGCUGUAUAACCUGGCGACAUCCUUCACUCCGCCAAACAAUUACAAUAUCAUCAAGAUACCCCCACAUUCCCUGGACUCUGACAAAGACAUGAUGAAGCAGAUGAAGUUGGUGGCAUCAGUCCCAUCUCGCUGGAAUUUUGGAAUAAGCUAUAGCCACAGUUUUGGCAUGUCAGAGAAAUACUUUGUCAUUCUCGAGCAGCCAGCGACUCUCAGUGCCAUGAAAAUCCUAGGCCAGAACACUCCCUUCGUACCAUCCUCCGUCUUCCAAAACUUUGACCUGCAUCCCAACGAAAAGAUUCGUUUCUACUUGAUAUCUCGUCGCCAAGGCAACACAGUCUUGCCAACACAGUAUAUGGCGAACGCCUGCUUCACCUUUCACUUCGUCAAUUGCUAUGAGGAUGGCGACUAUCUGGUGGUCGACUUGGCAUCGUAUGACAACAUGAACAUUGUGAACGAGCUGAGUGUGUCCAAUGUCACCACCAACCAUGGCGAUGUGGCAACAGCGGUCCUACGACGCUAUGUAUUGCCACUUAAUAUUGAGAAGAUGCCACUAGGUCAUAACCUUCCUACUCUCCCCUACACUAAGGCCGGGCGAAGGUCAUUGCCAAUAAUGUUGUUCAUCUCACACCAGACUUCAUUGGUAAAUCUGCAGAAAAGAUAUACAUAGAGCUACCACGUAUCAACCCAAACUUUUAUGGGAGAAAAUACCGUUUUGGUUAUGGGACAUCCCUUUUCACCAGACAUCACAGGUUGAUCAAACUUGACCUGCACACUGGAAUACCAGUCUAUUGGGAAAGGGAAGGCUUUGACCCAGGGGAGCCAGUCUUUGUGCCUUGCCCUCAUGCAGUACAAGAGGAUGACG